AUGCGUAAUUAUAUGGCAGCAGGGUGGUUCUACUCACCCAGACAAAUAGCGCGUUAUCUCCUAACCAGACCAACAAGCCUAAAACCGCCCAGGUCGCACGUACGAAAUCCGUACACAAUCCUUAAGGAACUGGACAAGCAUCAAUGGCUCAUGUUUCUGGCUGGCUUCUUGGGCUGGACUUGGGAUGCCUUCGACUUCUUCACAGUGUCGCUGACCAUUACUGAGAUCGCGGCGGACUUCAACGUUGAGAACUCGGCAGUCUCUUGGGGUCUCACCGUUACGCUGAUGCUCCGCUCCGUUGGCGCCUUGAUAUUUGGGACCCUAUCCGAUCGUUAUGGCCGGAAAUUCCCAAUGAUUUUCAACCUGGCGCUGUUCAUUAUUUUGGAGCUGGCGUCAGGAUUUUGCAACACUUUACCACAGUUUCUGGGUGUUAGAGCGUUGUACGGCAUCGCCAUGGGCGGUCUGUUUGGUCCGGCAGCGGCGACGGCCCUCGAAGAUCUUCCAUAUGAUGCUCGUGGUCUGCUAUCGGGCUUAUUUCAGCAAGGCUACGCGGCUGGUUACCUCCUGGCCUCCGUCUUCUAUCGUGCACUCGUGCCUACGACAUCCCACGGAUGGCGCUCGCUCUUUUGGUUCGGAGCUGCGCCUCCGGUCUUCAUCAUCGCCUUUCGGUGGUGGCUGCCGGAGACGAAUACCUUCCUAGUCAUGAGGGCUGAGAGAGAAGCUCAGCUCAUCGCUGACAAGGAACGUGGCGGGCACUCCACCAUUAGGGCUGCUGGAUAUAAGGCGUGGCUCAGAGAUUCCUGGAUUGCCAUCAAGCUGAAUUGGGUGCUCUUUGUCUACAUGGUCAUCUUGAUGACAGGUUUCAACUCCUGCAGUCAUGGAAGCCAAGAUUUCUACCCAACGUUCCUCAAGAACCAAGUGCUCCUGGGCCCUACCGAUGUGACUGUGAUUAGUGUCGUCGGGCAGAUAGGCGCAUUGAUCGGCGGCACCACUCUUGGCUAUGUCAGCACAUUCUUUGGCCGGAGACUGACAAUGCUUAUGGCGUGCGUCUGCGGAGGUGCCCUGGUUCCCGCCUACAUCAUUCCACGCAACAUGAGCUUGGUGGCCUCUGCAUUCUUCCUGCAGUUCAUGGUCGGGGGGGUCUGGGGCCCAAUCCCGAUCCACCUGAUGGAGUUGGCGCCGGAGGCCCUCCGCACCACCGCCGUUGGACUUACAUAUCAGCUCGGUAACCUCGCGUCGUCGGCGUCUGCGACAAUUCAAGCUGUAAUCGGCGAGGACUACCCGCUCCCACCCCACAACGGAGUCAAACGGUUUGACUAUGGCAAGGUUAUUGGUAUUUUCAUGGGUGCGGUCUGGGCCUAUCAGCUCCUCUUCCUGUUUCUGGGUCCUGAAAUGAGUGAGAGUGAAAGGGCAGAGUAUGCGAAACAAGCGAAUGAGCUGGAGAGUCUUCGUAAAUCAGGACAUCACCUGAAAGACAUUGGGAUUGAAAGGGUCAAGACUAGGCAAGCAGAGCAGGAAAUGGCUCCUGGCUUCGUUGACAAGAGUGCAGGUGAGCAUGUGGAGAAGGCUUGA